AUGAAAAUCAAAGAUAUUUUCGAAUGGUUUUAUACAAAAAUAAGUCAUUACAAUCUUUUUAUGCCCGAUGAAGAAGAAUAUCAUGAAGACAAUGAUGAACCAACAGAUCCAACAAUAGUUAUCAAACAUCAGCGAUAUGCUACGCGGUUAUAUGUUCUUCUUCUUAUUAUAACUAUUUACAUUGUCUUCAUCCUUAACUUGAUGAAUCCACAAACUCGAGCAAUUACUCUCUCAAAUAUUACUCCAUCUUUAUAUAAUCAACUUCGUCUUGAACAUCCCGAAACUCUAUCAUGUCCAUGUACAUCCACCAGUAUUUCAUAUAAAACCUUUGUUUCUAAUACAAUCGUAUACCAUCCAAUAUGUACAAGCGUUUUUGUUAGUGAAGAAUGGAUCAAAGCACUUUAUGAUCCAUAUGCAAGUUCAUAUUUAGUGAUGGACUUUCGAACAACUGCAAGUUCUCAAUUUAAGUUUCUUGCUGCUUUUUGCUCGUUGUCGAAAACUCUUAUUUCUCAAGCUCUAACUGAUAUUGAUAAUAGUCAACUUAUAACCAUCCAACUUCUUUCGGAAAAUGAAAUUCAAUCUGAAAUAUCUGGAAAUAUCGAAAUUAUUCAGAGUAGUACACCGUCUCAGUUGAUCAGACCAUUAGACUUUCUUCAUGUAACAACUCAAUCGAUUUUUUUUAUUUCUGCUCUUAAAACAAAUUUUGCGGUUUAUAUCCGUUUAACAGCACUUUUUGCCUCCACUGGCGAAUUUUAUGUUACACCUACAUAUUAUUCGCCAGACCCUAAUGAUUUUAAUAUAUCAGCUGUUCAGUCUUCGUCUUGUGAACUAACUAGUUCUGUUACACCGGCUGGUUUCUUUUCUUUAACACUCACUGACAAUACUUUCCCGAACGCUUUCAUUUAUGAAAUUUGGCCUUAUUUUUCUCCUGCUCAUAAAAAUAUUACUAUUUCUUCAAUGAUUGAUGGUUUUUUUGGUGGUUGCACACCCCUUGAUGCUGUUCUUGCAAGUACAUUUGAUUGUCUUUAUAACCAAAGCUGUCUUGAAAUGCUUGUCGAUUAUUUUCCACAACUCAGUUCAACGGAUCUUGCUUGGACUAAUUCACUUUCAGUCUCAAGUCUAAAAAAUCAAUCUUUAAAAAAUAUUUUACCAAAAUUAUUUGUUGAAGAAUGGUCAACUAAUAUUAGUUAUUCGAAAUAUUUUAUUCAAUGUGCUCCUGUAUCUUGUACAUAUACAGAAACAGAUCAAAUAAGUUUAUUUUAUACGAUUAGUCUCUUCUUGAGUAUCUAUGGUGGUCUCUGUAUUAUUCUUCGUUCGACUGCAUUAUUCUUAAUCUAUGUUUGGAUGAAAUUGAAACGUUAUUCAAUAAAUAAUAAUAAUAAUAUUAAUAUUGGUUCAAUUUCUAUUCUUAUUUUAUUUACUUCACUCAGUGUUCAAAUGACAAUAAUUACUCAAUCAAAUCCUUCAUUAGUUACAUAUAGACUUCUUCAUCAAUUGUAUUCAGAUUCACUUAAAUGUCCUUGUAAGAAGAUAUCAAUAUCUUAUGAUAUAUUUAUUACAUUAUCUCUAACUUUACAUCAAAUAUGUUCAAGUGGUUUUAUCAGCGAAUCUUGGAUUUCAACGAUGACUUUAUUAAAUGAUCAACCUGUCUACAAUACGAAACUUGAUGCUGGUUUGGAUGGUUUUGGUAGUCGAUAUUUUAAAUUAUUGUCUAGUAUUUGUCAAUUGGCUAAUAGAACAAUUGAUGAUGCCGUUCGACAGUUUCUAACAAAAUCAUUUGUUACUCAGUAUGUUAUCAGUGAAUCAGAAUUUAAUGCUAAGUUCAAUACAACUUUUAAACAAUUUAAACAAUCAUUAAUUACUGAAUUUAAUCUUCUUACUGAUAUGGUACAUCUUUUUACAAGAGUAGAUCAACCUUAUACAAAUUCGAAAAAUGCAGAACUUCUUCCUAUAACACCGUCAGAUGAAACAAGUAAUCAAUCUCCACCAGAGCUAAAGUUUAGUUUCACUGGUCCGAUAGAUAUAAACUCUACAUCCAUCGAUUGUAUUUGUGCUACUAAUCCUCGUUGUCAAAGUUCAGUUGUUUUAUAUAAGUGGGCCUUACUACCGAACGGUGAUCAAGAUUUAACUACACCUUAUUUAGUGCCAGGUUAUAUUGCAGGAUGUUUUAUGCUGGAUUCUCUUCAACUCUCAACUCUAGAAUGCUUUUAUGACGAAACGUGUUUAUUAAUCUAUUAUUAUUAUAUCAUUUGGACACGCUUAUUAUAUAAUAUAUAUGAUUGGUCUGCGGUUCAUCCUUUAGUUUAUGACAAUACAUCAAGUCGUUUUCCACCUGAAACAUCUCUUUCAGUGAUAGUUAGAGAAAUGAUGGUUGAACAGUGGAAUUUUUCAUGUUCAUUCGAACAACAUUAUGAAGCUUGUUCACCAAAUUAUUGUACUUAUAGUUAUACAACACAUACUUAUGAUCUUCUAGGAAUAAUAAUACAAAUGAUAUCUAUGUUAGGUGGUCUUACUGUUGCUUUGCGUCUGAUAACACCUCAAAUUGUGAGAAUUAUAUUGCGAUUGAUAUCACCACAGGUUAAUACAGAACCAGAAGGUAAUUACUUAUCAGCUAUUAUAAAUUAUUGA